AUGUCCAUCGUCCUUGAGCCGCCAGAGCUGGCCUUCCAACGCCCCUUCAACCGGGAAGUGUGCCAGAUCCUGCACCUUAGCAAUGACAACCCGGAGCCAGUUGUUUUUAAGGUCAAAACAACCGCCCCUAAACAUUAUUGUGUCCGUCCAAAUUCGGGUCGCAUAGAACCUGGGAAGAAUGUAGAGGUUCAGGUGCUCCUGCAGGCUAUGAAGGAGGAACCAGCGGUUGAUGCCAAGUGCAAGGAUAAGUUCCUCGUCCAGACCGUCGCGGUUACUGGUGAGAUGGAGUUCGCAAAUGUCACUUCUAUUUUCGAGAAGGCCUCCAAAUCCUCGAUCCAAGAGCGCAAGAUCCGUGUGAACUGGUUGGCCGCGGAGGACUCCGCGCCUGCCGAGCAAGAGGCUGAAGCCAAUGGCACCGUUAAUGUCCUUGACGAAGAACCCCCUGCUUACACUUCUCCCAAUGCCAACUACGAGACUCCCGCCGUUGGAUUGACUAGCAAAAGCGCCAACGACACGUCACCUAUCCCACCGCCGGAUUUCAGCGAUAGGCCCAAGCGGGACACUUCUACCUCACAAACGAAUGAUGCAUCUGCCACGUCUUCCAAAUCGCCGGCAGUAGGCAUUACGCCCUCCUCUAGCGACCUGAAAUCCCAACUUGCCGAGGCCAACUUCCAGAUCCAGAAACUGAAAGACAGGCUUGCCGACCAGGGCCUGAGGCAGAGGAAGAUUGGAGGUGAAACCGAGAAGUCGACCGCGCCGAUGCUGCAACAGCAAUCCGCCCAAUCCAACGAGUCAGGUGUGCCGGUGCAAGUAGUCGCUGGUUUGUGCCUGCUAAGUUUCUUGAUUGCGUACUUCCUAUUCUAA